AUGAGUCUGACAACUCCAAAAGUCCAAUAUCCGUUUUGGUAUGGUGGAUUUUCUAGCAUGGCGGCUUGCUUAGUGACCCAUCCAUUGGAUCUCGCAAAAGUACGAUUACAAACUGCGUCUAUCCCUAGACAGUCACUACUUUCCAUGUUAUACAGUAUAAUAACUAAAGAAGGAUUUUUGAAGAUAUAUUCCGGUUUAACUGCAUCUCUUUUGAGACAAGCUACAUAUUCUACAGCUCGAUUUGGAAUAUACGAGGUGUUGAAAGAGUAUUAUAUCAAACAAAGUCAUAACAAACACCCCAGUACUGUCGUUUUACUACCAAUGUCGAUGAUAGCUGGAGCAAUGGGUGGCCUUGUAGGUAAUCCAGCUGAUGUUGUGAACAUUAGGAUGCAAAACGACUCAACCUUGCCGAUUCAACAAAGACGAAAUUACAAGAAUGCUAUUGAUGGGUUAUACAAAGUAUGUAAGAAGGAGGGAGUCCAAUCAUUGUUCAGAGGGCUAUAUCCAAACUUGGUCCGGGGAGUAUUGAUGACAGCUUCACAAGUUGUGACUUAUGAUGUUGCGAAAGGUCUUUUGAUCGACUACGUACAUAUGGAUCCCUCAAAGAAGUCCACUCAUUUCGGAGCCUCUUUGAUUGCCGGAUUAGUUGCAACAACAGUGUGCUCCCCUGCAGAUGUUGUGAAAACGAGGAUCAUGAACAGUAAGGGCAGCGGCGAGAGUGCAAUCAGUAUACUUCGGAAUGCAAUCAAGCAGGAAGGUAUUGGUUUCAUGUUUAGAGGGUGGCUUCCCGCUUUCAUAAGGUUGGGUCCCCAUACCAUUGUUACUUUCUUGGUGUUGGAGCAAUUGAGAAAGUUAAGACUUGGGAUGUAG